AUGUAUUUCUCCAACAUCGUCGCCAGUUUGGCCCUCGCCGGCUCCGCCCUUGCUCUGCCCAACCCUCCUACACCUCCCGCUCCUGGAUGCCCGGCUCCUCAUCCUCCAACAGGCCCGCCGGGCCCUCCUGGAACUCCCAGUCCUCCCAAGCACAGUGGUUCUCCCACGCCACCAGCAACCGAAAGCCUCUACCAGUCUUUUAAGAAGGCGGGACGUGAUUACAUUGGUGUCGCAGUGACUAUCCGGAAUGAGACUAAGGAGUCUGAUAUCAUCAGAUCCGAAUUCAACUCCAUCACUCCCGAAAAUGCCAUGAAGUGGGAGUCGACUGAGCCAUCUCAGGGCAACUUCACCCUCGCUGGGGGUGACGCUAUCAUCGCUCUGGCAAAGCAGAACAAGCAGGAAGUUCGUUGCCACACUCUAGUCUGGCACUCCCAGCUACCACUUUGGGUCUCAGAAGGCGGAUUUGACAACGCCACGCUCAUCCAGGUCAUGGAGGACCACAUCAAGGCUGUUGCUGGACGAUGGAAGGGCGCUUGCACCCAGUGGGACGUAGUCAACGAAGCACUAAACGAAGACGGAACUUACCGCGAGAGUGUCUGGUACAAGACGAUUGGUGAGGCCUACAUCCCAAUUGCCUUCAAGCUCGCGAAGAAGUACACGCCUGAUUCUUUGUUGUUCUACAAUGACUACAACAUUGAGGACAACGGCGCAAAGACCCAGGGUGCCGUCCGCAUCGUCAAGCUCAUCCAGUCCUACGGCAUCCAUAUCGACGGUGUCGGCUACCAAGCCCAUCUCACUUCCGAGGCCACUCCUUCAAACCCUGGCGCGGCGCCAGGUCUGUCUACUCUCACCGCUGCUCUCCGAUCCACUGCCGAUCUUGGUGUCAAGGUUGCUUACACUGAGCUCGAUGUCAGGAAGAACGACAACAGCACCUCUGAGGCGUCCACUGCUGCCCAAGUUGCAGUCUGGAACAACUGUGCAAAGGCCUGUCUCGCUGUCAAGGAGUGUAUCGGUAUGACUGUCUGGGGAGUCUCCGACAAGUACAGUUGGAUUCCUGGCGUUUUCAAGGGCGAGGGUGCAGGCCUGCUUUGGGACGAUAACUAUAACAAGAAGGCCGUCUACGGCGGUUUCUUGAGUGGCAUCAAGGGUAACUAA